CAUUUCUCCAUUGUCUAUCUUCGGAAAAAACGUCCGCUUCUCCUGCUGUAUGCGUACUGCAAUCGGUCAAAGUUUUGGCUUUUCCUCGAAAACCCUAAUUCCCCACCAUUCUCCCAAAUCAAUACCCUGAAAUAUGGUUUUUGUUAGGUACCGGAUCGAAUAAUCAGGCUGGAGUGAGACACUCUUUCGAUCAUCGCCAUGUUUGAAGCUCACGUUCUGCAUUUGCUUCGAAGAUACUUGGGGGAAUAUGUUCAUGGUCUCUCAUUAGAGACUUUAAAGAUCAGUGUUUGGAAAGGUGACGUUGUCCUCAAAAAUUUAAAUUUGAAGGCAGAGGCCCUAAACUCUUUAAAUCUUCCAGUUACUGUCAAAGCUGGUUUUGUGGGCACCAUAACCCUAAAGGUUCCUUGGAAAAGAUUAGGUAAAGAACCUGUAAUUGUUCUUAUUGAUCGUGUAUUUGUUCUUGCUCACCCAGUUCUUGAUGGCCGGACUCUCAAGGAGGAUGAUAGGGAAAAACUUCUUGAAGCUAAAAUUCAACAAAUUGAGGAGACAGAAUCUGCAACUCUUGAAGCAAUAUCUGGGUCAACGGAGGGAAAUCCUGCUGGAAAUUCGUGGCUUGGUUCUUUGAUUGCUACAAUUAUUGGAAACUUGAAGAUAACUAUUAGCAAUGUACAUAUUAGAUAUGAGGAUUGCAUCAGCAAUCCUGGCCAUCCAUUUUCUUCUGGUGUUACACUGGCUAAGCUUGCUGCUGUUACAAUGGAUGAGCAAGGAAAUGAGACCUUUGAUACCAGUGGUGCUUUAGAUAAAUUGCGUAAGGCUUUGCAACUGGAGAGGCUAGCUGUGUAUCAUGAUUCAGAUAAGCUGCCUUGGAAUUUGGAUAUGAAAUGGGAGGAUCUUAGUCCCAAAGAAUGGAUUGAGGUAUUUGAAGAUGGUAUAAAUGAACCAGCUGCUGAUUGUGCAGUGGUGUCUAAGUGGGCAAUGAAUCGUAAUUACUUGGUGUCACCAAUCAAUGGAAUACUCAAGUAUCAUCGGCUUGGAAAUCAAGAAAGAAAUGAUUCAGAUAUUCCUUUUGAGAAGGCUUCUCUUGUCCUAAGUGAUGUUUCCUUAACUAUCACUGAGGCACAAUAUCAUGAUUGGAUAAAACUUUUAGAAGUUAUUUCAAGAUAUAAGACAUAUAUUGAAAUUUCCCAUUUAAGACCCGUGAUGCCAGUUUCGAAGGAGUCUUAUUUCUUAUGGUGGCGUUAUGCAGCUCAGGCUACACUGCAACAGAGGAAAAUGUGCUAUCGGUUCUCUUGGGAUCGAAUUUCGCUCAUGUGCAAGCUUCGUCGGCGUUAUGUUCACUUGUAUGCCAGUUUGCUGCAACAGUCAUCAAGUGUUGACAAGUCAGAAGUUAGAGACAUUGAGAAAGAUCUUGACUCAAAAGUAAUUCUUCUAUGGAGGUUACUUGCACAUGCGAAGGUUGAAUCUGUAAAGUCUAAGGAAGCAGCUGAACAGAGAAGGCUUCAGAAGAAAAGUUGGUUUUCAUCGAUUUGGCGUACACAAUCUGAAGAUGUGUCUGAUGGGGAUGUUUUGGGUGAAUCACAGUUAACAGAGGAAGCGUUGAGUAAAGAAGAGUGGCAGGCGAUCAAUAAGUUACUCAGUUACCAGCCUGAUGAGGAUUUGAUGUCACAUUCAGGGAAGGAAUUGCAAAGCAUGAUCCGCUUUAUGGUAACUGUGUCUAUAAGUCAAGCUGCUGCGACGAUUAUCGAUAAAAACCAGACAGAGAUACUUUGCGGUAGAUUUGAACAACUUCAUGUGUCUGCUAAGUUUAAACACCGCAAUACCCAUUGUGAUGUAAGGUUAAGAUUCUAUGGUGUGUCGGCCCCUGAAGGUUCCCUUGCUCAGAGUGUCUGCAGUGAGCAAAAGGUGAAUGCAUUAACUGCUAGUUUUGUCCACUCACCGGUUGGAGAGAAUGUUGAUUGGAGGUUGUCAGCUACAAUUUCCCCCUGCUAUGUUAUGGUUUUGAAGGAAAGUUGUGAUCGCUUUUUUGAGUUUGUGAAGAGAAGUAAGGCAGUUAGUCCAACUGUUGCUUUGGAAACUGCCAGUGCAUUGCAGACAAGGAUAGAAAAAGUGACGCAAAAAGCACAGGAGCAGUUUCAAACAGUGUUAGAGGAACAAAGCAGAUUUUCUCUGGAUAUUGAUCUUGAUGCUCCUAAAGUUAGGAUUCCUCUGAGGACACACGCGUCUUCCAAAUGUCAGAGCUAUUUUCUUUUGGAUUUUGGUCAUUUUACAUUGCAUACCAUGGAGAGUCAGUCUGAUGAACAGAGGCAGAAUAUCUAUUCUCGUGUGUACAUAUCUGGAAGGGAUAUUUCUGCUUUUUUUACAGAUUCUGAUUCUGAUUGCCAGAACUACACUUCUGGUGAACCAAGUUCUAGUAAUCAAUCAAUCUUGAUGUCUCCUGGAUUGGAGAAGGCUGGCAAUUUCUAUUCUCUUGUUGAUAAAUGUGGAAUGGAGGUAGUUGUUGAUCAGAUUAAAGUUCCUCGCCUAGGUUACCCGUCAACGCUUGUUUCUGUCCAAGUACCAAAUCUUGGCAUUCACUUCUCACCAGCAAGAUACUGCAAACUUAUAGAACUGUUGGACUUAUUAUAUGUUGCUAUGGACCCCUGUGUUCAGUCUGCUGGUGUUGAUUUGCAAGCUGGGCUGACUCCUUGGAGUGUUGCAGAUCUUGCUACUGAUGCUAAAAUCCUAGUUUGGCGGGGUAUUGGAAACUCUGUUGCUUCAUGGCAACCCUGUUUUGUUGUAUUAUCUGGAUUCUAUCUUUAUGUAUUGGAAUCUGAAAAAUCUCAGAACUAUCAACGGUACUUGAGCAUGGCUGGAAGACAAGUGCAUGAGGUUCCAUCUGAAAAUAUUGGUGGCUCCCCAUUUUGUAUUGCUAUGGGUCCAAGAGGAAUGGCACUAAGACAGGCUUUAGAGUCUUCAGGUACCUGGGUUAUGGAGUUUCGAGGGGAGGAUGAGAAGACAACUUGGUUGAGGGGACUUAUACAAGCCACAUAUCAAGCUUCUGCUCCUCCAUCUGUUGAUAUACUUGGAGAAACAAGUGCUGGUAUCAGUGAAUCUGAUGAUCCUCAAACAAGUGAUUCGAAAGCUGCCGACCUUGUUAUUAAUGGGGCUGUUUUGGAGACCAAAUUUUGCCUUUAUGGAAAGACAAGCGAGGAUGUUGCGGAGAAACAAGAAGAGCAACUGAUUCUUGAGGUUCUUGCUAGUGGUGGAAAGGUGACAAUGAUUAGUUUGGGGAGUGACCUAAUGUUGAGGACAAAGCUGCAUUCUUUGAAAAUAAAGGAUGAGUUUCAAGGUUGUCUGUCGGGCGAUACACAGUACAUAGCAUACUCUGUGCUGAAAAAUGACAAUUUACUUCAAUUCCAUCAAACUUGCGGUUCGCUUGGAAAUCAGAUGUCUGGGUUGCACCCAGAUGAUGAUGAUAUUUUCAAGGAUGCUCUCCCUGAAUUUGAUGAAAACAAUUUGUUUCAAGGAAAGGGACUUUCUGGAGAGAUAUUUUAUGAAGCUCAAAGUGAUGAAGAAUUGGAUUUUGUAACUGUUACUUUCUCAAAAAGGGGUUCUGGUUCACCAUUUUAUGAAGGCAUAGACACACAGAUGAGUAUUCGCCUGUCCAAGAUGGAGUUUUUUUGCAACAGACCACUCUGGUGCUUGAUUGGUUUUGGCUUAGAUUAGGCUAUGAGUUCUGCAGCAAGUGAUACAGAUGUAAAUGAAGCUUUGGAUGAUGAAUCUUUGAUGAAUAAAGAAAAGGCUGAAGAAAGUGGUCGUGUUGAUGGGUUACUAGGCCAUGGUAAAACUCGUGUUAUAUUCUAUUUGAACAUAAAUGUUGAUAGUGUCACUGUGUUUCUUAACAAGGAGGAUGGAUCUCAGCUGGCAAUGUUUGUGCAAGAAAGUUUCCUGUUAGAUCUUAAGGUCUAUCCAACAUCCCUUUCUAUUGAAGGCACAUUGGGAAAUUUGAGACUUCGUGAUAUGUCACUUGGAGCGGAUAACUUCUUAGGUUGUUUGUGUGAUAUACGUAAUCCAGGGAUUGAAUCCUUUAUAAAGUUCAAAUUUAUUUCUUUUGGUGCUGGAGACGAUGAUUAUGAAGGGUAUGAUUACAGCUUGUUUGGGCGACUUUCUGCUGUUCGAAUUGUUUUCCUAUAUAGGUUUGUUCAGGAGAUAACAGUUUAUUUCAUGGAGCUUGCCACCCCACAUACUGAAGAAGCAAUAAAAUUAGUUGAUAAAGUUGGUGAUUUUGAGUGGUUAAUUCAAAAAUCAGAAAUUGAUGGGACUGCUGCUUUGAAGCUGGAUCUCACACUUGACAAUCCUAUAAUUAUAGUUCCAAGGAAUUCAAUGAGCAAAGACUUCAUUCAACUUGAUGUGGGUUUGUUAAAGGUCACAAAUGAAAUAACUUGGCAUGGAUAUCCUGAAGAAGACCCUUCAGCUGUUCAUCUUGAUAUUCUUCAUGCUGAGAUUCUUGGGGUAAACAUGUAUGUAGGAAUUGAUGGUUGUAUUGGUAAACCUUUGAUUCGUGAAGGUAGAGGACUCAAUGUUUAUGUUAGACGGAGUUUGAGGGAUGUCUUUAGAAAAGUCCCAACAUUUUCUUUGGAAGUUAAGGUGGGUUUCUUGCACGGUGUAAUGUCUGAUAAAGAAUAUGAUGUUGUUCUGAAUUGUACAACUAUGAAUUUGAAUGAAGCCCCAAGCCUCCCUCCAAGUUUCCGUGGCGGCAAAUCUGGUUCUGAAGAUACACUGCAGCUACUGGUUGAAAAGGUCAACAUGAAUAGUCAAAUGAUUCUAUCACGUAGUGUAACUAUUGUGGCAGUUGAAGUUGAUUAUGCAUUGUUAGAGUUGUGUAACGGCAUUCAUGAGGAAUCACCUUUAGCUCGUAUAGCUCUAGAAGGCCUUUGGGUAUCAUACCGAAUGACUUCAUUAUCAGAAACAGAUUUGUAUGUGACAAUACCUACUUUUUCUGUUCUGGAUAUCUGCUCUAAUACGAAGCCUGAAAUGCGACUCAUGCUUGGAUCUUCUGCUGAUACUUCCAAACAAGCUUCCAUUGGGACCUUUCCACACUUCUGAACAAGAGAGCACUAGCAGAGUGAAUUCUGAAGCUGGUUUGAUGAUGUAUCAAUUUCAACAAUGUUCUUGAUGGAUUACAGAUCACGAUUGUCCUCCCAAUCAAUUGUUCUUCGAGUUCAGCAGCCUCGAGUACUUGUUGUGCCAGAUUUCCUUCUUGCUUUGGGUGAGUUUUUUUUUUUUGUGCCGACACUGGGGGCAAUAACUGGAAGGGAAGAAACACUGGACCCAAAGAAUGAUCCGAUAAAUAAGACCGAUAGCAUCGUGCUUUAUGAUAGUAUUUAUAAACAGGAUGAAGAUGUUGUGCACUUGUCACCCAGUAGACAGCUGGUUGCGGAUACCCUUGGUAUUGAUGAGUAUACAUAUGAUGGUUGUGGAAAAACAAUCAUUUUAAGUGAAGAGAAUGAUGCAAAGGAGUCUCAUUCUACAAGUUUUCGUCCUAUUGUGAUUAUUGGAUGUGGUAAGAGGUUGCGAUUUGUCAACGUGAAAAUCGAGAAUGGUUCGCUUUUGAGAAAGCAUACAUACUUGAGCAAUGAUAGCAGCUAUUCAGUCUCACCAGAAGAUGAUGUUGACAUAUUGUUGAUGGAUAAUAUAAGUUCCGAUGGAGACAAGAAGAAAGCAGAAAAUAUGGAUUUAAUAAACACUUCAAAAGCUUCUUCAGAUUUACAAGAUAACCAGAAUGCUGUGCAGAGUUUCACUUUUGAAGCUCAGGUUGUUUCUUCGGAGUUUAUGUUCUUUGAUGGUACCAAGUCUUACUUGGAUGAUUCAUCUUAUGGUGAAAAGCUUUUGCGUGCAAAAAUGGAUUUGAACUUCAUGUUUGCAUCAAAGGAAAAGGAUACCUGGAUCCGUGCUCUAGUGAAGGAUCUUACUGUGGAGGCUGGUUCUGGCCUUACCAUUCUGGAUCCACUGGAUAUUUAUGGGGGAUAUACUUCCAUUAAAGACAAAACGAACAUGUCUCUGAUGUUAACCGAUAUUUGUAUUCAUCUUUCAUUAGGUGGUGCAAUUUCUCUUAUACUUAACCUAUUGAACCAAGCAACUGCAGCAUUACAGUUUGGAAAUGCUAUUCCUCUGGCUCCCUGCAUCAAUUUUGACAGAAUUUGGGUGUCACCUAAAGAAAAUGGAUCUCAUAACAAUCUUACUAUUUGGAGGCCACGAGCUCCAACAGACUAUGUUAUAUUGGGAGAUUGUGUGACAUCUAGGCCAAUUCCUCCUUCACAGGCAGUACUAGCAGUAAGUAAUACAUAUGGCCGUGUGCGGAAGCCAGUGGGUUUUGAUCUUAUUGGCUCUCUUUCUCUCGUCUUUGGAUCAGUAGCAGAUAACAUUUCUGAUGUUGACAGUGACUGUUUCCUUUGGAUUCCCAUCCCACCCCCGGGUUAUACUUCAAUGGGUUGUGUAGCAAAUAUAGGGAAGCAUCCGCCCCCAAACGAUGCUGUAUAUUGCCUGCGCUCUGACCUUGUAACAUCUGCAACUUAUUCAGAAUGCAUGCUGAUUGCACCAUCCAAUCAGCAUUUUGCUUCUGGAUUUAGCAUUUGGCGUUUGGACAAUGUUAUUGGAUCAUUUUAUGCCGAUUCUUCAACCACAUGCCCUUCCAAAAAAAUAAGUUCUGACCUGAGUCAUCUUCUACUAUGGAAUUCAUUUUGGUCCUAUGCGUCUCUCAAGGAAUAUGUUCCUGGGUUAGCUGUGGGUAAUAAUCAUGCUAGUCAGCAAACAUGUGACCAGAGUGCUAGUUCAUCUGGUUGGAACAUUCUCAGGUCAAUUUCAAAAGCAAGUAGUUGUUACGUGUCAACCCCUCACUUUGAGAGAAUGUGGUGGGACAUAGGCAAUGAACUUCGUAGGCCGCUAUCAAUUUGGCGGCCUGUUUCGCAUUGUGGUUAUGCCAUAGUGGGUGAUUGCAUUGUUGAAGGCUUAGAACCACCUGCUCAGAGUAUCAUUUUUAAGUCUGAUGAUCCAGAAAUCUCUUCAAAGCCAGUGAAAUUUGUAAAAAUAGCCCAAAUUAGAGGGAAAAAUCUUGAUGAAGUUUUCUUCUGGUACCCAAUUGCUCCCCCCGGUUAUGCUUCUUUGGGGUGUGUUGUUUCCAGAACAGAUGAAACCCCGUGUGUGGAUUCUUUGCGUUGCCCAAGGAUGGAUCUUGUUAACCCUGCCAACAUCCUUGAAGUGCCAAUUUUAAGAUCUUCAAGCUCAAAGGCACACCAGUGCUGGAGCAUUUGGAAAGUUGAAAAUCAGGCUUGUACUUUUCUUGCUUGCUCUGAUACAAAGAAGCCAACACAGUUGGCUUACACUAUUGGUGAUUUUGUGAAGCCAAUGACACGGGAAAAUGUUACUGCUGAGAUUAAACUAAAAUACUUCUCUCUAACUGUUUUAGACAACCUACAUGGAAUGAUGACACCGUUGUUUGACAUUGCUAUUGCUAAUAUCAAGUUGGCAACACAAGGCCGACUGGAGGCUAUGAAUGCAGUUCUCAUUGCAUCUAUUGCUGCUUCAACCUUUAAUACGCAGCUGGAAGCAUGGGAGCCCUUGGUGGAGCCAUUUGAUGGCAUAUUCAAGUUUGAAACAUAUGAUACCAAUGUGACAUCAAGACUUGGGAAGUGGAUGCGGAUUGCUGCCACCAAUAUUGUGAAUAUAAAUAUCAGUGCAGCAAAUCUUGAAACUUUAGUGGGGACCAUUCUUUCAUGGAGACGACAGUUAGAGCUUGAACAAAAAACAAACAAACUGAUUGAGGAGGCUUGUGCUCAUUCUGGACAUGAAGAUCUAGCCUUUUCUGCCCUGGAUGAAGAGGACUUACAAACUUUGACAGUAGAGAAUAAGCUUGGGGAUGAUCUGUUCCUGAAAAAGAUUGAGCAAGAUUCAAAUGUGGUUGAUCAACUUCAUCAUGGUGACACUGCUUCGGUUUGGGUUCCACCUCCAAGGUUCUCGGACAGGUUAAAUGUUGCAGAGGAAUCUAGGGAACCGCGCUAUUCUGUUGCUGUGAAGAUUCUUUUUGCUAAGGAUUUAACUUUAAUCAAUGAUGGUAAUAGCCAUAACUUCUUUUGUGCUUUGCGGCUUGUCAUUGAUAGUCAAGCAACAGAUCAGCAAAAGUUAUUCCCUCAGAGUGCACGGACAAAAUGUGUGAAGCCCUUAGUUUCAGACAUCGAGAACCAAAACAAAGGCUUUGCUAAGUGGAAUGAAAUAUUCAUAUUUGAUGUUCCUCAUAGGGGAGUUGCUAAAUUGGAGGUGGAGGUAACAAAUCUUUCAGCAAAAGCUGGCAAAGGUGAAGUUGUUGGUGCACUUUCUUUACCUGUUGGACGUGGUGCAAGUACUUUAAAGAAGGUAUCUUCAGCGAGGAGCACAACUGCAAAUUUUCAAAGAGAUGCAGAAAGCAAGGAUGCUUCUCAUAAGGAUGUUGGUUUCUGGAUUAGGUUAGGGAAAGACGGUUCAUGGGAGAGCAUUCGUUCAUUGCUUUCAUUGUCGGUAGUUCCCAAAUCAUUACAAAGAGAAUUUAUUGCAAUGGAAGUUAUGAUGAAAAAUGGAAGGAAGCAUGCUAUUUUCAGGGGUCUUGCAACAGUUGUAAAUGAUUCUGAUGUUAAUUUGGAUGUUUCAGUUUGUCAUGAAUCAAAGAUUCAGGAUUCAGGAUCAAUCAGUCAUACCAUAGUGGUAGAAGAAAUCUUUGAGAAUCAGCGCUAUCAACCAAAUGCUGGUUGGGGUAGUAAAUGGUCUAGUUUUCAAGGCAAUGAUCAUCCGCACUGGAGCACCAAAGACUUCUCAUAUUCAUCGAAGGACUUUUUUGAACCUCCUCUCCCCAAUGGUUGGCAAUGGAUAUCAACAUGGACUCUCGAUAAAUCCCGUUUUGUUGAUGAAGAUGGCUGGGCUUAUGGUCCUGAUUAUCAAAGUCUGAGAUGGCCCCUAACUUCUUCAAAGUCGCAUGUUAAAUCUGGUCAUGGUGUGCGCAGGAGGCGUUGGAUCCGAAAAAGACAACAAAUUGCUGAGCAAGGAAAAAGUUGCACAAAGAGUGACUUCUUUAUCAUAAGCCCGGGGUCUUCUACUGUUUUACCAUGGGGAAGUACAUCUAAAGGAUCUGAUCAGUGUUUACGUAUUCGUCCUUAUGUUGAUUAUCCACAGCCCACAUACACAUGGGGCCGUGCCAUUUUUGCUGCUGUCAAUUCUAGUUUUGUUGGUGAGAAGGACCAGCCUUUCUUAGAUCAGAGUUCACUAUAUAGACAAAACUCUUUUCCGCAUGGAAGUAAAAUGGCCAAUUUUGCUCUUAACUUAAGUCUACUUGAGAAGAAGGAUGUACUUCUUUGUUGUUCUCCUACUGUAGUUAGUAGACAAAUAUGGCUCAGUGUAGGUGCAGAUGCAUCGGUCCUUCAGACAGAGCUCAAUCAACCUGUUUAUGAUUGGAAGAUAUCUGUUAAUUCUCCUUUGAAGUUGGAAAAUCGACUGUCCUGUCCUGCUGCAUUCACAGUAUGGGAAAAAGAAAAAGAAGGGAACUAUAUUGAGCGAGAUCACGGUAUGAUAUUUUCACGCAGUAGUGCUCAUAUAUAUUCAGUGGACAUUCGAAGACCUGUAUAUCUUACAUUUCGUGUACAGGGUGGUUGGAUUUUGGAAAAGGACCCAGUUCUUGUUCUGGAUCUUUCUUCUGGUGCUCACAUUUCAUCUUUCUGGAUGUUCCACCAGCGAAGUAAAAGGAGAUUGCGUGUGAGUAUUGAAAGUGAUAUGGGGGGAACCAAUGCUGCACCAAAAACAUUAAGGUUUUUUGUUCCAUAUUGGAUCAUCAAUGAUUCAUCUCUGCCUCUAGCUUAUCAAGUGGUAGAAAUUGAAGGUUCAGAUACUGCAGACACUGAUUCACGCUCACUCUCUAGAGCAGUUAAAUCUGCAAGAACGGUUUUGCGGACCACUUCUCACUCAAUGGAAAGGAGAAACUCUGGUCUGAAGAGAAACAUCCAAGUUCUUGAAGCUAUCGAGGACACCAGUCCAGUAGCUAGUAUGCUUUCCCCACAAGACUCGGCUGGUCGUAGUGGUGUUAUGCUGUUUCCAUCACAAAAGGAUACAUGUGUGUCCCAACGGGUUGGCAUUUCUGUGGCUAUUCAUGAUUCUGAAAUUUACAGUCCUGGCAUUUCUCUUCUUGAGCUUGAAAAGGAGGAACGUGUUGCUGUAAAAGCAUUCAGUUCAGAUGAGUCGUACUAUAAGCUUUCAGCUCUAGUGAACAUGACUUCAGACAGAACGAAGGUCAUUCAUAUUCAGCCAUACAUGCUGUUUGUCAACAGGAUUGGUUUAAGCCUUUGCCUGCAGCAGUGUGAUUGUCAUACUGUGGAAUGGAUCCAUCCCACUGAUUCUCCAAAACCCUUUCAAUGGUGGAGUUCUAAGCUUGAGUUAUUGAAGUUGCGUGUCGAUGGAUACAACUGGAGCACACCUUUUAGUGUCUCCAGUGAAGGUUUGAUGCGUAUCUCUUUGAAAAAGGACAAUGGCAGGGAUCAGUUAUUUUUUAAGGUUGAAGUUAGAAGUGGAACAAAAAGCUCACGAUACGAAGUUAUCUUUCGCCCUAAUUCCUCAUCAAGUCCUUACAGGGUUGAAAACCGUUCCAUCUUUUUACCAAUUCGCUGCCGGCAAGUGGAUGGUACCAGUGAUUCAUGGCACUUUCUUCUUCCCAACACUGCUGUUUCUUUCUUAUGGGAAGAUCUUGGUCGACAGCAUUUGUUGGAAAUCCUUGCAGACGGGACUGACCCAUCAAGUUCAAAAAAUUACAACAUUGAUGAGAUUUCCGACCAUCUGCCAGUUGAUGUUACAGGCACUGCUAGAGCUUUACGGGUUACCAUCCUAAAAGAAGAAAAAAUAAAUGUUGUUAAGAUCAGUGAUUGGAUGCCUGAAAGUGAGCCUUCAGCAAUCACUGACCGAAGGAUUCCGGCCUCGUUAUCAGAUUUCUCUAGAAAGGGGUCUCAUGAACUGCAUUCUACAUCAGAAUGUGAGUUCCAUUUCAUUUUCGAGCUUGCUGAGCUUGGUGUGUCCAUUGUUGAUCAUACACCUGAGGAGUUAUUAUACCUGUCAGUGCAAAAUCUUCAUUUGGCAUAUUCAACUGGCUUGGGAUCUGGUUGUAGCAGGUUCAAAUUAAGAAUGAGAGGUAUUCAAAUGGAUAACCAAUUGCCAUUAACUCCAACACCAGUUCUCUUCAGGCCACAGAAAAUUGGGCAGGAGACUGAUUAUGUCAUGAAAAUUUCUGUGACUCUGCAGACAAAUGGAUCACUGGAUCUAUGUGUCUAUCCAUAUAUCGGUUUCGAUGGGCCUGAUAAUUCUGCAUUUUUUAUAAACAUUCAUGAACCUAUAAUAUGGCGCAUACAUGAGAUGAUACAGCAAGUCAAUUUUGGUAGAUUAAAGGAUACACAAGCUACAGCCGUGUCAGUUGAUCCAAUCAUUCAAAUUGGGGUUCUCAACAUCUCAGAAGUUCGACUAAAAGUGUCAAUGACUAUGUCGCCUAGUCAACGGCCUAGGGGAGUACUUGGUUUCUGGGAAUCCCUAAUGACUGCACUAGGGAACACAGAGAAUAUGACUGUCAAGAUAAAUCAAAGAUUUCAUGAGAAUGUGUGCAUGAGGCAGAGUACUAUGAUUAGUAAUGCAAUUGCAAACAUCAAAAAGGAUCUUCUUGGUCAACCACUUCAGUUGCUCUCAGGCCUUGAUGUAUUGGGCAAUGCAAGUAGUGCUCUUGGUCAUAUGAGUAAAGGAGUGGCUGCUUUAUCAAUGGAUAAGAAAUUCAUUGAAGGCCGACAGAGACAGGAGAGCAAGGGUGUAGAUGACUUAGGUGGUGUCAUCAGAGAAGGGGGUGGAGCACUAGCAAAAGGCCUGUUUAGAGGAGUUACUGGAAUAUUAACAAAGCCUAUUGAAGGUGCAAAAUCUGCGGGCGUUGAAGGCUUCGUUCAGGGUGUUGGAAAAGGCAUAAUAGGUGUAGCUGCACAGCCUGUGAGUGGGGUUCUGGAUCUUUUGUCAAAAACUACUGAAGGUGCAAAUGCUAUGAGAAUGAAGAUAGCAUCUGCUAUAGCUUCAGAUGACCAACUCCUCCGCAGGAGGUUGCCUCGUGUAGUUGGUGGUGAUAAUUUGCUUGAACCAUAUGAUGAGUAUAAAGCACGAGGACAGGUAAUAUUGCAAUUGGCGCAGUCAACUUCUUUCUUGGGCCAGGUUGAUCUAUUCAAAGUACGGGGAAAAUUUGCAUUAUCAGAUGCAUAUGAAGAUCAUUUCAUGCUACCAAAGGGAAAAAUUACUAUAGUUACUCAUCGAAGAGUGAUAUUGUUGCAACAAAACUCUAGUAUAACUCAGAGGAAAUUCAACCCGAUGAGGGAUCCGUGUUCAGUAUUGUGGGAUGUACCGUGGGAUGAUCUGGCAACAAUGGAGUUGACUCAGGGAAAGAAAGACCACUUCAAAGCUCCACCUUCACAACUCAUACUCUAUCUAAAGACUGGACCAACAGAUGCAAAAGAACAAGUUCGUAUCAUAAAGUGCACCCGAGAUACUGAUCAGGCUCUUCAAGUUUACUCUUCAAUCGAAAGAGCAAUGAUUACAUAUGGACAGAACUCUUCAAAGGAACUGGUGAAGAAGAAAGUGACUAAACCUUAUUCACCAGUAAGCGAAAGCAAUGCAGUUGAAGUGAAUGCAAAGGAAGUGGGUUCCACCUGGUCUUCACAACAGGUAUCUAGUCCCACGAGACCAACUUUUGGCGGCAGCAACAACAGCUUAUUUUGGGAGUGAGAUGUUGAAGCGAAUGAGCACCAGCUGAGUGCUACAAAUUUUGCUUAAAUGACAUUCAAAGAAAAUGGUUUUUGGAUAAUAUGGGAUGAUUACUCUGCCUCAG